AUGAGAACAUGGAACCCCGCCAGGGCUUCCGCAGCCGGGAUUUCCGCCGCAAGAGCCGCCGCAUUGCUCGGCGUGCUCUUGCUCCUCUCCUCCGCGCAUCCGGCGCAGUCGGAGCGCCUCCUUGGGUCGCUGCUGCGAUUCGGGCGCGAGUUCGCCGCGACGCGUCUCCGAUGGCGUACUAAUAAAGACACGCCUAUUCCCUCGCUCGCGCAGCUUUCACCAGAACCCGAUCCGCGCAUCGAUAACUACGACUUCGAAGCAGAUGCGAUCGACGGCGCCAGUCUCAACCUGCCACGUGGCCCGCCGGAGCUGUCGGACCCGGAGCUGCGGGUGAGGUUCGGCACCGUCGCCCGACGCAAGGAGUCGUGGCUCGGCAGGGCGAUGGACAUGGACGAGGCGUGGGCGGCGUGGGACAAGACCGUCGGCUGCGCCGCCUUCCGAAGCAAGCACGCAGAUCUCAUCGCCCAGUACCUGAACGACACGUGGCCCAAGAGCAGCAGCUUCCAGGAUGCUUCCUCCCUGCCGUGCUCUGCUCUCAAGCUGCCCCAUGUCUCCAUCCAGGGUGAAUUACCCCGAGAUAUUCCGAACCACCCAAGCAGCAUGGAGCGAGGCAGGCCCUUAUUGGUGCAAAUGGAUAUGGAAGGGCAUGGGGGCGGGGAGGAGCGGGCAAGGACUGCUGAUGGGGGUGGGGAUAGCGGCAGCAAUGGCAGCAGCAGCAGCAGAAGUGGUGGCAGUGGUGACAGGGGCAGCAGGGUUGCGGCGGACAUAAGAGUGGGGUAUGGCGCGGAUGCAGACGUGCAGGUGACAUAUGCGGGGCAGCUGGAGCAUGCUGACCGCAACCGCCAUGUGUCUGGCGUCAAGAGGAAGUCACCGCCUCUCAUCCACGCAGCAUCGCGGCCGUCCAGCUGGCGCGAGCGCAUUGGAGCGCUGAUGCGGCGCAUGGCGCACAGCAUGGGCAGCCGCAGCAACAACAUGAAAGAGGAGGAGGCGGACGUGCUCGACACGUACAGCAUGUGCACCUAUGCGGGGCCGCACGGUCAGAGAGUGGGGUCGCAUGAACAAGGGAAGGGGGCAAAGAAUGAAAGCAAAGGUGGCGAGGUGAAGCGCAUGGGUGGGUCUGCAGCGACAGUAGCAGCAGCAGCACAGCGAGGCAUGGGAAAGGGAACAGCAGGAGGCGGAGGGGUAGGAGGCGAGGGAGGAGGAGGAAGGGGAGGAGGCGGAGGAGGAGGAGGAGGAGGAGGAGGAGGAGGAGGAGGAGGAGGAGGAGGAGGUGGUGGUGGUGGUGGUGGUGGUGACAAUGGUGGUGACGAGGCAGCAGAGGAGGCUCGGCAGGAAGCAGAGAUUGCAAGGAGGCCCAUGAGAGGCAUUCGCACGGGAAGGGGGGGCGUGUGGGGGAGGAGUGAGGAGAGCUGGGAGGAGGAGGAGGAUGCAGGGGUGGGGAUGCGGGGCGGGGGACACAAGGACUGCUUUGCCCCCCCCGACUCGUUCCUGAACGCCGAUUCAAUGCAUCGGGACGAGCUGCGGCGCACCAUAGUGGCGGCUGCUGAGGACCCCGUGAAAUAUGCCAACUUCCAUGCCUGGCGCAGUGAACUCACCGUGCUGAACUCGUCGGCCGUCGAUCCCGCCGCCGACUCCGCUUAUCCGCCCGACAUGCGCGACUCUUCUCGAGCAACGCACGCGCACGCGCACGUGUACACAUCCCCACUCGAAACCCUAGAUUCCUCCAUAGCCAUCCUCGGCGGGUGGCAUGGGCAACCCGCGCAGCACUCCGCUUCCCCCUCCGCCUCCUCGCUCCCGCGCUCGUCCUCCGCGGGCGGCGCGGGGACCGCCAUAUGGGACGCGUCGGUCGUUGACGUGCGCGCGUAUCUCGAGGCGGUCGAGCGCUUAUUCGACCUAAUCGACGCCGCGAACAUGCCCGGCGCGCCGCCCGGGAUGGGCGGCGUGCGCGAGACGGCUAAAGCAAUGCUGAACAACGUCGUGCCGCGGCUUGAGGAGGGCUUUCUGCACGUGCUGCUCGCGGAGAGCCACCCCGUGCCGCCCGAUCGGGUCAACGAAGCCGCCAAGCGCGUAUCCAAGCCCCCGCGCUCCUCCGCGCCGCUCUCCCCCUCCGCAGCCGCCACUCCUGUCGCCUCCUCUUCCCCCUCCUCCUCCCCCUCGUCCGCGUCCCUCGCGGUCUCCGCGCUCGACCGCGCGCCCUCCUUCCUCCCCGAGCCCGCCGUGUGGCGCCUCCACGCCAUUGCGCGCGUGGCUGCACGCGCGGGGCUCUCCCCCUCGCUCCGGCGGAACUACCGCACCGUGCGCAAGGCGGUGUUAGAGGAAUCUCUGAAGCAGCUAGCAGCAGGGAGGUUCGACCCACGGCUGGUGCCGACACUGGAGUGGGAUGAGCUGGCAGCGCGGGUGGACCUGUGGAAGGCGUACGCGCGGAGGGGCGUGCGCGUGCUGCUCGCCGCUGAGAGGAAGCUCUGUGAACGGGUCUUCGACACGGUGGAGGACAGCGAGCAGUGUUUCGCGGAGACAGCCAAGGGCAGCAUGGGGCGGCUGUUUGACUUCGUGGAGGCAUUCGCGGCGGGGCACAAGGCGCCGGAGCGCCUCUUCGCCAUGCUUGACAUCUACGAGACGCUGCAGGAGCUGCAGCCGGAUUUCAACGCGGUUGUGUGCGGCAACGGUGCGUGCCGCAGUGUGCGAAACGAGCUGUCGGUGGUAUUAAGCUACGUGGGCGUGGCGGUGAGAGGCAUCCUCGCUGACUUUGAGCGAAACAUAGAGCAGGAGGACAGCCGGCCCCCUCCCGCCGGCUCCGUGCACGGACUCACCAGCUACGUCGUCAACUACCUUGGCUUGCUCUUUGAAUACAGUGACACUAUUAAUAAGCUGUAUAGUAGCAGUGGGAACGCGGUGGUGGUGCCGGUGCCGAAGCUGCUGCGGCUGAGGUCGGACGAGGAGGAGGAGGAGGAGUUUGAGGAGGAGGAGGUGCAGGGGGAGGAGGAGGGGGAGGAGGGCGGAGUGGUGGGGGAGGAUGGGAAGCGGUACUGGGGGGAGCCGCAGGAGGAGUAUCGCGAGGUGGGGCGGAAGAUCAGGGGGAUUCUGAAGGUCCUGGAGGCGAAGCUUCUGGGAAAGGCGCUGACGUACCGGGAUGCAGGGCUGGCACACUUUUUCAUGAUGAACAACGUGCAGUACAUUGCGCGCAAGGUGAAGGGGUGUGAGCUGCGCAUGCUGGUGGGGGAUGACUGGAUCAGGGACCGGGCAGACACGGCACAGCAGCAGGCGAACGAGUACCUCAAGGUGGCGUGGAACCGCGUGGUGGCACCGCUCAGAGAGGUCCCCACCACCUCCUUCCUCAACCCCAAGGGCUCGCUCAAGCCUCUCCCUCCCUCCCCGCCGUCGCUCUCCCUUCCUCUUCGCCGUCGCCUCUCCCUCCCUUCCCGCCGUCGCCUCUGGUGGGUGCACGAGCGCGAGCGCGGGUUGCUGCACGACCGCGCGUUUUGUGAGGCACCGUCCUCGCUGGCGCCUAAGGCGCUGGCGCCUAACGCGCUGGCGCCUAAUGCGCUGGCGCGUAGCGCGCUGGCGCCUAGCGCGCUGGCGCCUAGCGCGCUGGCGCCUAGCGCGCUGGCGCCUAACGCGCUGGCGCCUAACGCGCUGGCGCCAAACGCGCUGGCGCCAAACGCGCUGGCGCCAUGCGCGCUGGCUCCAUGUGCUCUGGCGCCAUGUGCGCUGGCGCCAUGUGCGCUGGCGCCAUGCACGCUGGCGCCAUGCGCGCUGGCGCCUUGCGCGCUGGCGCCUAACGCGCUGGCGCCUAACGCGCUAGCGCCAUGUGCGCUGGCGCCUAACGCGCUGGCGCCUAAUGCGCUGGCACGUAGCGCGCUGGCGCCUAGCGCGCUGGCGCCUAACGCGCUGGCGCCAAGCGCGCUGGUGCCAAACGCGCUGGCGCCAUGCGCGCUGGCUCCAUGUGCUCUGGCGCCAUGUGCGCUGGCGCCUAACGCGCUGGCGCCUUGCGCGCUGGCGCCAUGCGCGCUGGCGCCAUGUGCGCUGGCGACAUGUGUGGACUUGGUGCCAAAAAUUCUGCUGCAGGUGAUGCAUUCCGUGCAUGCUGAUGUGGUUUUCGUGUUGCCUUGGAUUCGAGUUUAA